GCAACAACAACAACAACAACAACAACAACAACCGCGUACCUCACCUGGGCGACGUGACGUUAGCAUCCCAUUGCUAGCGCGGAUAAUGUUGGCGGAGUCGUGUCGUGUCGUGGACUUAAACGCCGGGACAGUGCACAUAUUUCGCAGAGUGGCUGCAGUCCAGGCAGAAGUACAGACAAGGAGCUUGGAAAGUAAACACUCCUCAGCCUGACUCAUGCUCACAAAGGUCUCUUUCUCUUUAUCGAUCUCCACCCUCGGGUGAAGACAGAAGUAGAGGUCUGGAUGCAGCAGGUUGUAUGUUGGCUGCUGUGCCUCGGCACAGCGGCGGCACUGGCCGUGCUGCAGAAAGACCAGGUGGCCCAGCACGCCAUCAAGCUUUAUCGGACCAAAGGGGCCACACACGGCCACAGCUGGGUGGCCAGCAACUGCAAGCGGCUGGUGGGUCUCCUGCGUCAGAAGAAUGUUGUCGUGAAGAAGUUGGCAGCCGCUGCUGAUGCUGUUGGACGAGACCGGACCCUUUCAGACCCCGAGAGGCAUUUCCAGGUUCACACCCUGGAGGUUUUCCAGAAGGAGCUGAAUGAGAGCGAACACCUGGUGUUUCAAGCGGUGCACAGCCUGCAGAGGGCGCUGCAGGGAGACUACAGGGACGUGGUGAACAUGAAGGAGAGCAGCAGACAGAGACUGGAGGCCCUCAGGGAGGCAGCCAUAAAGGAAGAGCAGGAGUAUGUGGAGCUGGUCGCUGCUGAGAAACACCAGCAGGAGGCUGUUAAGAGCGCUCUAGCCCAGAACAAGACUCUGUCCAUGCUGGAUGAGAUCCUGGAGGACGUCAGGAAGGCAGCAGACCGACUCGAGGAGGAAAUUGAGGAGCACGCCUUUGACAACAACAAACAGAUGAAGGGAGUAAAUGUGGAGGCGGUGUUGAGAGUGGAGGAGGACGAGGAGAACGGAGGGAAGAGGAAGAACAAGUCCCGGCAGAAAGAAGUGGAGGAUGACCUGGGACUGAGCAUGCUCAUCGACUCACAGAACAACCAAUACGUCCUGACCAAACCACGUGACUCCACAAUGCCGAGAGCAGAUCAUCAUUUCAUCAAGGACUUGGUGUCGGUGGUGAUGUUGUCCCUGCCCUGUGGUUGGAUUUGUACUCUGGUCGGUCUUCCUCCCAUGUUUGGAUAUAUCAUCUGCGGGGUCCUACUCGGCCCUUCUGGCCUUAACAGCAUCAAGUCUAUGGUGCAGGUGGAGACUCUGGGCGAGCUCGGUGUGUUCUUUACUCUCUUUGUGGUGGGAUUGGAGUUCUCACCUGAGCGCCUUCGAAAGGUAUGGAAGACAUCAGUUCAGGGGUCGUGCUACUUGACUCUACUGAUGAUAGGAGCUGGUUUGUUGUGGGGACAAGUCCUGCGUAUUCGACCCACCCAGACUGUCUUCAUUUCCACUUGUCUCUCCCUGUCCAGCACUCCUCUAGUGUCUCGCUUCCUAGCAGGGGGAAGCAGAGGGGACAAAGAAGGCGAUCUGGACUACAGCAGUGUUCUCCUUGGGAUGUUAGUGAUGCAAGAUGUUCAGCUCGGUCUCUUCAUCGCUGUCAUGCCUACACUUAUCCAGGCACAGAGUGGAGACUUGGACAGCUUCCUGUUUGGAAGUCUCCGCGUCCUAUACCUCCUGGCCCAGGUCCUGGUCUCUCUGGCUGCUGUACUGCUGCUGUGUUUGUUACUCAAAUCAUUCCUGAUUGGCCCUUAUUACAAGAAACUACAUGUCGAGAGCAAAGGCAACAAGGAGAUCCUGGUGCUGGGGAUGGCAGCUUUUGUCUUUUUCAUGCUGACAGUGACAGAGUUUUUCGAUGUUUCUAUGGAGCUGGGCUGUUUCCUGGCUGGCGCUUUGCUGUCCACACAGGGUCACAUGGUUACCACGGAGGUCAUGGGAUGCAUCGAACCAAUUAGAGAUUUCCUCGCCAUCAUCUUCUUCGCCUCUAUUGGUCUCCACGUGUUCCCGACAUUCGUGCUGUAUGAACUCACCAUUCUGCUGGUGCUGACGCUCACACUCGUUAUAAUGAAGUUUGUGAUGGCCGUACUGGUGUUGUCGGCGAUCUUGCCUCCGAGCUCUCGACACAUACGGUGGGUUGUCUCAGCUGGUCUGGCUCAGGUCAGCGAAUUCUCCUUCGUCUUGAGCAGCCGUGCACGUCGUGCUGGCAUCAUCUCCAGAGAGGUGUACCUGCUGGUUCUCAGUGUCACCACGUUAAGUUUGUUACUGGCACCUCUGCUGUGGAGAGUCACCACACACAGAUGGGUUCCCCGGGCCGAACGCAAAACGAUCACAUGACCAGACCAGCUUCAAGGCCGAAAAAGGUUCCCAGUGUAACAAAGCCAGCAGCAGCAUCACAAGAAGCGGACGUCAAAGUCUUAUUUGUCCGUUCAGAACGACUUCCAUGUGAACGCACACAAUGAUAUGACGCAGCCUGUUGGACCAAAUUUUCUUCUUUAUUCUCAGUUACUGCUUCAUCAUCAUCAGCAGCAGCUACAUUUUGACUUCUUGAACAAUGCCUCUUCUACUGUAUAUCAUCUGUUACAUUUGGACUAUCCAUGCUCCUCACCAGUGUCUAUAGGUACUGACACUGUAUAAGGGUUUUUCAUCAAUCCUUGAUAGGAAGCACACCUGCCUGAUAGCACAAGUACUUGAUAUCCUUCCGGUUCUGAUGAUUUGCACUUUCUCAUGAAGAAAAGCUCUCCACCAGCUCUAUGAAUGAUUUUUUUUAAAAUGUUGCAGUCGUGUCUGCACUUUCAACCCAAAGGUUUCUCCAUUUUCUUGUAACAAUCACAGGGACCAAAUCUGAAGGUUUAACUUCAUGUUGUUUUUCGUUUUAUUUUUUUCAUAGAUUUCUGUGUGUAAUUUCCGAUUGUCCCCAUUCUCGCAUUUCUGCCUUUUUAACUUCAAAUUAACAUUAGUGCACAUUUGGAUUCUUACUGAAGUGCAAACCUGCUGUAUUUAAUACAUGAUACUUGUAGUUUAUUCUGAUCUCUGUACUACUGUGAAUAUAGGUGUGGUUACACUGUUAGUGUUACCUAAAAACUACAAUAACCUUUUACAGAGACUGUAUUUUCUUUGUCUGUUCAUUGUUGUCGAUUUUGUGUUCUCUUUUUCACAUUAGGAAAAGUCAGAAAUGGAGUUAAUGAAAUAUUAGACAGCAGCUCACAAGAACUGAGCUGAACACACUCAUCGGAAUUUAUUUACUGAUGUUGCAUUCAAAGAAAAAUCCCGCACUAGUUACCAUUGAAUGUCAAAACUUUCCGUGCCUGCUCAAGGCUGCUCUGCACUAAACUGGGGGGAGAGCGUCUCUGUGGCAUUUCAUGCUGUUCAUGUCCUCGUCUUAUCUUCCAUAACGUGCUAUUUAAAAGUAUGUAUGUAGCCGUGUACGUGAAUUGUUUUGGUUUAUGUUUCCUUUUGCAGUAUGUUAACACAGAGGUGUUUUUCUUUGCUUUGUUCAGUGAUUUGAGUUUACAUACUUGUUAUUGUUGGUCAAGAAAGAAAAUUCAAAAUGUUCAUGUAUUUUUAAAUUGUUUAAGUCACUUAUUUAUUAAAAAUACAAAGUA